CUUCCUUGCAAAGUAUCUCACUAGCAGCAAGUCCAUCUGUCAAAGAAGACACUUUAACCGCUAAGUCACUUUGAAACCCUUUACAAGGAAAUGUCACACAUUCCUCAUCAUGAUCCAGCCUUCACAGAGGCCAUCAGUAAAAAUAUGCAAGUUCCGGAGAGGCUCAGCGUAAGUCCAGCACCGCAGUGGCCAGAGGAUGACUCGAGUUCCCUCAGGGCACCAGAGGAGUUGCUGCCCGCUUUCACCAUGCAAGUGCCAGAUAAACUCACAUUCUCAGAAACCUCUGACAUGAGCCCCAGACCACUGUUCACCCCUCCCAGACAAGCUCUCUGCAGUCCCUCAAGUCUGGACCCAUGUUGGGAGAGCUUGUCUGCAGAUGUCUUGCACAAAGAUCUACCUCAGAGCCCCAUAAAGAGAUCUUACAGUGACCAAAGUUUCAGCAGGACUCCCCCUGGCACUCCCACCCACGUGAAACAGAUGCUGCAGAGACACCCUGCCAUGCUUCCUAGUCCGGGUUCUGACCACCAGAGAUCCACCUCCUCCCACUCCACGCAGCCCCCCCUCACUCAGGUCCCGGCCCCUCAUCCUGCUUCCCCCUCUGUCCUCCUGACUUCACUGUCCAUGCUGCAGACAGCUCGACAGCUUAGCCUGCAGCUCUCACAGCGCCUCCUACACACCGUAGAUAAGUAUAGACAUGGCCGUGAAGAGAUGCGACCACCAGGGCGCGCUGUGACUCCUGCAGCUGCUCCGUCAAACCUUCAAAGCUGCAAAAACAGAACGGUGGAGAACUGGAGCACGGAAGAGGACGGGGGCACUGCCGUGGAGCUCAUCGUCCUCAGGAGACAGUUGAUAAAGAUCAGUCGGCGUCUUGCUGCUCUGGAGCGAAACAACCAUGAGCGCCGCAACACUGAAGUGCUGCUCUUCUCCCUUCUUUUCUCCGCAUGUCUGCUCAACGUCUGGCUCUGGAUUCGCAGAUGAUACAGACACACACACACACACACACAUAUACACUCACCUAAUGUUACAACGUGUGAAGGUUUCCCCAGUACUCAAUGGAAAUAAUUCUAUUUAAAGGAUGAGGACAACGCAACACAUGCACCUAUACACAAACACUACCGGUAGUUAUAGUUUAUAGUUUCAUGAACACUGUUUUAGUGUUUUUUGUUUUUUUUAGUAAAGUGUGUUCACAGAUGAAA